AUGGCUAUUGAUAUCUACAAGCACAUCGAGAAGGAGUUUCCUCCAGAACCUGGUGAAGUUCAGCGUACCCUUGCGUUGCUGAUGAUGCUGAAUGGUCUCCAAAGCAACCCCAACCUGCCGGGAGUUGAGAAGUUUGUUCUAGCAGACGUCAAUGAGAAGUGGCUACAGAGCAAAAGCAUGAGGAUCAGCAGUGGGGAGGUUGGUGCUGACCAGGGGCUGGUUCCUCCUCAAAGUUUGUUUGCUGCAAAAGGUUGGAACAGGUCGGUAUGUGCAAUGCUGGUCAUGGUGGCCACCUACGAGCUGGGCGACGCUCUUCUCAAGGUCAUUCUCAACGAUCCACUGCACAAAGGUGUAACCCUCGUGUCCACUGCCAUUCGGCGCCGGCCUAAUGCUUUCAACUUGCUACAUCAGUGCGAGCUGAUGCUGUGCACUGGUGUAGCGGGAGAGGCAGCUCUUCAGAGCUUGCAGGCUUUUGACAAUGCAUCGGCCUUCGCUUCGGUGUACCAAGUGGGAAAGCUGGAAGCUGGGGCCUGCACAAAUCUGUUGAAGCACAUGGAUCAGAGCACACGUGAUGCAUUGCGAGACUUGGUGAGGCGGCAUGGUCAACCCAAGUUCAUCCUCCAUGAUGGACUGGCAGCUGGCAUAUUUAAUGCCACUUACAACGGGGCAGGCUCGGGCCUCCAACCAUGGGAGGCAUGUCUUCAGAACACCUCGGAGGUGCUUCAACGAGUGUGCUGCGCUUGCAAAGCUUGCUGCGCACGGUUCAAGGAACUGGUGCCCGCAGGCUUCUAUGCCAAGGUGGAAAGUGAGAUCAUGGCAACGUUUAUGCACCGUCAUGCAGAUGCAGACCUCACAGCUUUGCUGACCGCAACGGUCCCCCCAGCGGAUCUCAACAAGGUGUCCGUGUUUGCGGCUCACUUGGACAAGUUUCACCAAGAGGCACAGGAGAGCAAGCUGCAAAAAGCGGCAGAGCUUAGCGCUGCGCUCUUGCAGACUACUUGGAGUCAAACUGAGCUCCAGAUCGAAGAUGACAUGACAAAGCUGCGGACUUGGGCGGCAAAGUUUCAUUUGUUUGCAUCUCAGCAGGGUGGGAUGGACGUUCAGUACCUGAGUGGACGAUAUGAGAAGGGAAAGAUUGCGGUCUGCAAAUGCAUGCAGAAACGUCAUUGCACAGUGCAACACCGGAGCAUCGUGCUGGCACAUGGGGACAUAGUCGAAAAACAAGCCAGGAGCUUUGAUGUGAGCGAGGUGGCACUUGCCUUCAACACAAGCUCUCACCAGGGGGACAAGAGAAAGACUUCCCAGCAAUGCCUGUUCGCGACCCUCGCCGGGCACAAGGUGAAUGAACUUGCAAAAUCAAAGGCAAUGUUGGGAAGCAUCACAGCAGUGGACCGCAGCAGAGUAAGCGAACUUCAGAACCCAGAGGAAGACAAACCACUUGCUGCUCACUGGCGAGUUCAGCAAAGGGGUGUCACAGCAACGAGAACUGUCAUCGAGAAGAUCUUGGACGGCCUCUCGAUUAAAAGCCAGCCAGUUUUGGUGGUGGACUGCAUGCCCAAUCGGUUCUUGGAAUGGUCCAGCGCAUGCCUCUCGAUGCAGUUGGAAGAGUUGACCAGCAUGGACAACUACCGGGGGCCCUGCAUGCACUACAUGGGAAUCUUCCUGGAGGACGAUGCGGCUCUAAGCCGAACUCUUGAAAGCACAGUGGCCGGAAAAAUCAUGUCAGACUGGAUUCCAGACUUGGUGAAGAACAAGUACGCGAACAGCCAUGGAGCAUCCCUGAAAACCAUGAGCGACAUGAUCACCGCAGACAAGGAUGUGGCCACUGCUCUGAAGGGAAGCGCUGGUGAGUCGUCCGUCCAGCCUUCGGCAUCCGGAGCCGCCACUGAAUCUCCUGCCGUGCAAGGCGUGCGGACUUUGGCAUCGCCGGACUAUGAUGGGCAGCCAGUGCCAAACUUUCACCGGAGGGUGGACUUUGAGGAAAAGCCACUGGAUGAGUUCAAUGCUUCUCAAACGCUUCAUUGCUGUGCUACUUUGGCCAAUUCAGCCCUGAAAAUUGGCAAGACCCAGAAUGACGGCGCUUGGUGGAUCAUCAAUGAGACAUCACAGAAUGUCGACCUAGAUUCCAGAGAGCUUUUUGGAUUCAACGUCGGAUCCUUCGCUGAGGUACCCACAGGAGAUGCUUCCACCUUGGUGGAUCAAAUUGCGUGGACUGUUGGCUCCGACAUGGAUGUGAUUUGCUUGUCAACACAAGAGGGCACGAACAUCGUCAAAAAACUCAUGACCGUUGCCGACGCAGUGUGCUCAAUCACCGCAAGCCGCGGAGCAACAGUGGUUGGAGAAGAGACAAAGGUGAUGCAGUUCCGCUACAAGAUCGACUCUCGAUCGAAGACAAAUGCUUUCAAGCCAAAGCCGAUGGAUGAUUUGCUCAACGUGAGGUAUUCCCAGCUUGGAGGAUGCUUCUCAUCCUACAACACUUUGCUGAGAUCGGACAAUGUUGGCAUCGUGUGGGAGGCCAGGUUGUCAUGA